UAUUGUAUUACAUGACGUUUAGCAUUGUUAUCCAGUUUGAAUCUAAUAUGGCGUCCCUGUCAGUUCUCUUACUUGGUAUUUUAGUUCAUAUUAUUUAUCUUUAUUCAGUAUUCGAUAUAUAUUUCACUACACCACUAGUUCAUGGCAUGACACCAUAUCGUUCCUCGCAUAAACCUCCUGCUAAACGAAUUGUACUGUUCGUAGCUGAUGGACUACGUGCUGAUAAAUUGUUUGAAAAUAGUUCUUCUCGAGCACCAUUCAUACGUGACAUAAUUUUGAACACAGGUCGCUGGGGUGUGUCUCAUACACGAGUACCAACUGAGUCAAGACCUGGCCAUGUCGCCAUUAUUGCAGGCUUCUAUGAAGAUGUCAGUGCCGUGGCAAAAGGUUGGAAAGAGAAUCCAGUGGAGUUUGACUCUGUGUUCAAUGAAAGCCAUCAGACAUGGUCCUGGGGUAGUCCAGAUAUUUUACCAAUGUUUGCCAAGGGAGCAAGUGGUAGCCAUGUUUCAACAGAAAUGUAUGAUGCUGAACAAGAAGACUUUGCUGCCAAAGAUCACUCACAAUUGGACAAAUGGGUGUUUGAGAAAGUUCAAAAUUUUUUGGAAAAUGCAAAUGAUACUAUUAAGGAGAAAUUAAGAACUAAUAAGAAUAUAUUCUUUUUGCAUCUACUUGGUAUUGACACAAAUGGUCAUGCACACAGGCCGAUGUCUGAGGAAUAUCUACAGAACAUCGAGAGUGUUGACAGAGGUAUAAAGAAAAUGUAUGAAUUAUUUGAAGACUACUUCAAUCAUGACAACUCUACAGCAUACAUAAUGACAUCUGAUCAUGGUAUGACUGACUGGGGUGCACAUGGCGCUGGACAUACACAUGAGACACUUACACCACUUGUUGCUUGGGGAGCUGGACUCCAAGGACCAGAGCAAGUAAAGAAACAUGGGUACAAUGAUGGAUUAUCGGAACAGUGGGGGCUAUCUGGGUUGAAACGAUGUGAUGUUUCUCAAGCUGAUAUUGCUCCUUUGAUGUCCUCUUUGAUAGGUGUCCCAUUCCCUUUGAACUCAGUUGGAAUUCUACCUUUGGACUAUCUUGACAAUACCCAAAUGUAUAAAACUGAGAACAUAUUCACAAAUGCAAAACAAAUAUUGGCCCAAUAUCAAAUUAAGGAGAGGAUGAAAAAGGAAACAUCAUUGAUAUUCCAACAAUUUCCUGAACUUACAGGUUCCAAGCGAAUUGCAUUGAUUCGUGAUAUCACAGUUUCAAUGAAAUCUGGUGAUUACCCAAAAGCUACCAAAUUAAGUCUUCAGUUGAUCAAUCUUUCUCUGAAAGGACUAAAUUAUUACCAGAGAUAUGAUCGUGUCCUUCUUAGCUGCAUGGUCACACUAGGAUUUGUAGGAUGGAUUACCUGCAUCGCCCUUCACAUUUUCCCAGAAACAUUUCAAAAGUCAAAGAAAAAUGAAAAGUGGAAUAGGUUCAUCAAUAAACUAUUCUUUGGUUUUGCUUGCACUGCUGUGAUAUUGUUGCAGAUUGAGAAGGCUCCUAUCACACACUACUUGUACUGUGUCUUACCACUCAUGUGCUGGAACUAUGUUGCACAGCAUUGGAAUACUAUAAAGAUACUUUGUAUAACAUCAUUCAACAAUAUCCUCUAUGUUCUUUUCAGUCUUCUUGUAGUGACAAUAGGCUUAGAAGUUCUCAUAUUGAGUUUCUUUUAUCGAUAUACUCUGUCUGUUGGGUUAAUCCUCUUAGGCGCAUGGCCUCUUGCAACUCCGCUGAUAAAAACACACGUGGUCACAGUUGCAUUAUGGAUCAUACACUGUUUAACACUUGCUGUGUUUCCACUACUGCCAGUGGUUGGUCGUGAUUCCUUUUAUCUAUUGGUAACCCUAGCUGGGAUUUUUUCAUUUGUUGGAGCCUUUGUGGUUCUGUACUUGUACAAGAAGAAUGAUGGAACUUUCAUAAACACAACAAAACUGGUGCAUGGGGUUCAGUUCUUGAUUCUGGUUUUGGCCAUUGUUGUACUCAACCAUACUGCAUACAGUUUAUCUUUAAAACGAGGCUUGCCACGAGUGAACCAGAUAUUCAGUUGGUUAACAGUGAUAUUCUGCGUUAUUCUACCAACGUUGGUCACAGAUAAGCUUGUUCUGCGUCUAUUGAGUACGACCAUGUCAUUAUGGUCAGUGUAUUUCUUACUGAGCACUUCCUACGAGUCGCUCUUUUUUCUUGUAUUAUCUUCCACUAUGGCGCUAUGGUUGACUAUAGAACACCAGUUAUCCACAUUUAACCAGGAAUAUUCACUAACGCAAAUACCAGUUCACGACCCGCGGGAGAGCGACACAAGACAAGUAUCAUUUGAUGAUCUGCGUUGUGCCUUCUUCUUUGUGUAUUUCAUCAUUACCGCAUUCUUCGGAACUGGAAAUAUCGCGAGUAUUAAUACAUUUGAUCCAACCGCAGUAUACUGUUUCUUGACUGUCUUCUCUCCAUUCAUAAUGGGAUCGCUCUUGAUUCUCAAAAUCUUAAUUCCAUUUAUCCUAGUCACGUGUAUGUUUGAUGCUGUUCACGUGGUUUGCCGAGUUCCUGUAAACCGGUUAUUCCUGUUAGUCUUGAUCAUGACUGACUUUAUGGCGUUACAGUUUUUCUUCUUCGUUCAAGAUUAUGGUAGCUGGUUAGAGAUUGGGACGAGCAUAAGUCAUUUCGUUAUCAUGUUAUCGUUCAUCAUCUUUCUUUUCUUUAUAUUUGGUAUUGCCAGAUACUUCACCAGAAAUACACUGUGGAGCUCGGUUAAAACACAUAUUCAAUAAGAAAUCUUUUAAAUGAAGAACUGUCAAAAACGUGUUAUUCUUCUUAUUAGCCGCACGCUUGAAUUUUGGUGAUAUUGCAGUAUUGAACUAUUAACGCCCGUAAUGACUUCACUGACUGCUUGUAUUCCUAAGUUAUUUAAUACUUGAAUAUAUUUAGUUCAUAUAUUAGAUAAAUUGGUAUUUAUUAGUAAUUCCAUCACAAAAUAACGUGAAAUUAUAAUGUAGGAUUGAUGUCAGAUCCAAACAGAAUGAAUCAUCAGUAGAAUUUAUUUUGCUUAGCAACAAAACAUGUUGAAGUAUGUUAUAGAGAUUUUUGUAAUAAAACCAUGAUAUUAUGUCUUUUCCUUUGUUAAAAGAUAUUGCUUACAUAUAUUGCAUGUUUCCUCACAAUAAAGACAAAAGACACGAAUAUUACAAAUGUGGUUCUACCACAAUAUUUACUGGCAUUUACAACUCAACAUUGGCUCUUACACUGUGUAAAACGAAAGUUGCUUUCUAAACUUAGCUAGAACACAGAAUUAUCAAAAGCUGUUUUAUCAUGAAGAGUCUAAGUGCACUUAUUGUUCUUUGUUUCUUUAUCAACUUUUCUUAUUCUCAGAUAUCCAGACGAUGCGAGUUGCAAGUGUAUAGCGAAGGACUAGAGUGUAAAUGUUGUAACAUCAACAGUUAUCUAUGUUCACAUCAUUGCUGUCCUCUUACACAUAAAUGUAGACACGGACGUCGUCCUUGGUGCGAGGGUCCUGGUUACACCGACGAGAAUCCUGAGGACUGGGCACGGGCUGUAGAUAAAGAACGAGCAGAUCAUGAUGAAUGUGACAACGACAAUGCAAAGAGCUACCAAUAUCUUCAAAGUCGAAGACUGACAGCAUUUUACGCAGGCCGUAGUGGUUUAUAAAAUAACAAAAAAAAGAAAAGGACAAGUUUUGUCACGAAAGGCAUUAUCAAUAUAUUUAGAUACUUUUCAAAGAUAUCCAGCUUGUUGUUCACUAUCUGGUAUGGUCACUUUUGUGCUUUUUUAUGAAACUCAAUCUAGAGAAUUCAUCAGCAUUCGUUGGGAUAUCGUUUAAAAAUAGACCACACGAUCCUGAUAGAGACAUCACAAUUAGUUAGGAAAAUGAGUAACACAUGCAGCUAGAUUUAUUUUAUAACACAAACUCAACAGGAAGAUUAGAGUUCAUUGAUAAUUAUUGCACACUGGUGAAAUAGCUUGAAUGAAAGUGAAAUAAAAACAGAUGGCUUGGCAUUCUAAUAAGGUAUCUUUGCAA